GGGCCGGGGGCGGGGAAACCCUGGCGGCGCGCGGCGGCCGCACGCGCCGGGAGAGCGGGAAGCCCGAGGGGGCGGGGCGGAGGGCGGCGGCCGGCAGGUGCGGGGGCGCGCGGAUGCGGGCGGCCAGAGAGUGCCGCUAGGCAGCGCCCCGCGUGCAGGGGGCGGCGGGCCGCGCGGCCGCUCCUCCGCGAGGCUGCGCGGCGGGGCGGGGCGGGCCGGAGGAGCCCCCGGCAUGUCGCAAGUGCUCCCGGCGGCCGGCAGCGUCCUGCAGAGGAGCGUCUCGGCGCCGGGGAACCAGCCGCAGCCGCAGAGUCCGGAGGAUGAUGACCGGAAGGUCCGAAGGAGAGAAAAAAACCGAGUUGCUGCUCAGAGAAGUCGGAAGAAGCAGACCCAGAAGGCUGACAAACUCCAUGAGGAGUAUGAGUGCCUGGAGCAGGAGAACACUGUGCUGCGGAGAGAGAUCGGGAAGCUGACCACGGAGCUGCAGCAGCUGAGCGAGGCACUGAAGGAGCACGAGAAGAUGUGCCCACUGCUGCUGUGCCCCAUGAACUUUGUGCCGGUGCCGCGGCCGGACCCCGUGGCCGGCUGCCUGCCCCGAUGAAGCCCGAGGAUCCUCCUCCUCUGCUGAAGGAGGAGCCUUGGUCGUUUUCACACCUGGCAGGAGGGUUCCCUCCGCAUCUGUGUACAGGGGGGCCUGUGGCCGGGUCCCCUUCUCGGAGCUCCUGGCCGCGUCCUCAGCAGACGGCUCAGCAUGACGCUCCCGCCGGCACCUCUCAGAGCCUUGAACCGAUCCAGGCAGGGAGGCCACCCUCAGGAGUCACCUCGAAUCCACUUUGGCAGCUAAUAGGUUCCGUGUUGUGCAGAAUCAUUGCCUGUAGAAUUUGGAUAAUAAAGAAUGGUUAUGAUGUCUCCUUUUGCUAACUUC